GAUUGCUCUUCAUUAUCCCCACGUAUCAAAAUGGCACAUGCAGUGCAGAUAUCCUGCUUAUUCUCCCUAAUACUUUUUAUUCACCAAGCGGAGCCAAAAGUGUUCCUAUCUGCUGAAAAUGCAAACAAAGUCAUUCAGAGGUCCAGGAGAGCCAACUAUAUCAUCGUUGAGGAAAUACUGAAAGGAAAUCUAGAAAGGGAAUGUCUUGAAGAAAUUUGCUCAUAUGAGGAGGCAAGAGAGGUAUUUGAGGACAGAGAGAAAACUAACAAGUUUUGGAACCAGUAUCAUGGUGGGAGGAAAUGUUCUUUAAAUCCCUGUAAAAAUGAUGGUGUGUGUAUAGACUCCAUCCGAAGUUACUUCUGCAGUUGCCCUAAAGGAUACAGCGGUACUAACUGUCAGUUUGCAAUUAAUAAGUGUCACCCAGAUAUGGAGGAUGGAUGUCAACACUUUUGUCACCCUAGUUAUGGGGAAGACUCUUACUCUUGUUCAUGUGCUAAAGGCUAUAAACUUGGUGCGGAUGAAAAGUCAUGUCAUCCAGAAGAUCCCUUUGCGUGCGGACAAAUAUUAAAUACUGUGGGAGCCAUUACAAAACAUCGCAACGACACAGACGCUGACAUUUUCCCUUGGCAGGUACCAAUCCUAAAUGCCCAAAAGGAACAUGUUUGUGGUGGAGUAAUACUGAGUGAGUCUGUAGUACUGACAACUGCUACAUGUAUAUCUGAGCACAACCCUUUCUUCGUUGUUGCAGGGAUGCAGCAGAAGAGUGGAGCAGAGCAAAGACAGAUUAUUAUGGUGAAGAUGAAGCAUCCACAUACAGGACACUCGGAGGAGACCGGUGACAAUAACCUAGCAUUACUGAAACUGACAGAGAAAAUUGUAUUCCACAACAAUAGCCUUCCCAUCUGUAUUCCACAGAAAGAUUUUGCAGAAAAUGUGCUGGUUCCUCUAAACACAGGUAUAGUCAGCGGUUGGAAAGGCUCCACAGAAGAAGAUAAUGUAACGACUCCAGUUCAGUUUGACACAACAUACACCAACAGAACAGAAGUUUGUGAACAAGCUCUAAAUGUGACUCAAACAAACAGGAUGUUGUGCGGGGUUUCACGUAAAACCAUUGACUCUGCGCUGACAGACGGAGGACAUUUUGCUAUACAACACAAUGGUAUAUGGUUUCUAAGUGGUAUAAUGGGAUCCUGGCAACCAUCUUCACUAAACAAGGGUGUGUUUUCAUUUACCAAAUUAUCCAGGUAUAACAUGUGGCUUAAACAAAAUGGCAGUUAAUAUUUAGUAUCAGAAGAAUUUUGUAGUCAAGAUGGAGGUUUUCUUUUGCAACACUGAAUUAAGGGUGUUGCUCUGUUUAAAAAUACUUUUUUUUUUUAAUAAAUACAGCUACCCCA